AUGUCACUCGCCUUCGUCAUCGCUUGGGUUCUUGGUCUAAGUCUCGGCUCCAUAGGACUCAAAGUCCACGGCCCGAACAGCACAAGGCGUCACACGGAGCUUCCCAAGGUAGACAGAGGGUACAAUAUUCCUGUGCUCCAUCCUAACAGGUAUUCAUUCUACAUGAUGCAGCUAUAUCGAGACUACAAGUCUGCCGAUGCAUGGAAGACGACUACAAGUAUGGUCAGUGGUACCAGCCCAUCUUUGCAACAGUCUGACUCCGUACUGAGUUUGGUCGCAAAAGAAUGCCAUCAGGUUGGUGAGAGGUGGAGUGUUACUUUCGACAUGUCCUCUCUUUCCGGCAACGAAGAAAUUCAGCUGUCUGAACUUCGAUUCCGUCUGCCUGCAUUUUCUGCAUCGAAGCGCGUCAUCGUGGACAUCUACCAGGCACGUAAAUCGGGCUGCGAGCGAGACACGAUGCUUUGUCAUAAGGAACGGCUCUUUCUCGGCAGCAUAACGUCUGUGCCAGCUGCAACAACGUCCUCCUGGAAGGUUUUCAACGUAACAGCUUUGCUCAAAUAUUGGCUGUACCAAGAAGGUAAAGCACCAAGUCAAAUGGACCUGACAGUUGCAAAUGAGCUAACAUUCGAAAGAAACAAAGACUUGGGAAGUGAUGUGGAAGAGGGGAGUGGAGGAGACAUCGUGAAAACGUUUCCAGUACGGCACCGCAGUAGCUGGCAGCGUACGAUCCAUUAUCCCACACUAAACCGAGUGAUGAUUGUUGUGUUUUUGAAAAACAAUUUGCCCCGAAGCCACAAACGCACCUCCACUUUAAUCCAGACAGUAGAGCACUCCAAAUAUGUCAUCCUAGAGCGACCCAGCCAAGGUCGCAGACACAAGAGAAACCGCAUAGAGAGGGUACACGUUCGGGAGGUGGCAGGAGAAAAUGUUACAACUGGAUCACCAACAGAACCCAUGUCCAGUCCGCUGUGCAGGCGCGUUGACAUGUGGGUAGAUUUUGACCAAAUAGGAUGGAAUGAGUGGAUUGUGCACCCAAAGCGGUAUAAUGCAUUCCGUUGCGAAGGAGAAUGUCCAGUUCCGUUGGACGAAUCUUUCAAGCCCACAAACCACGCCUAUAUGCAGAGUCUGCUCAAGCUCUAUCAUCCGGAGCGCGUUACCUGUCCAUCCUGCGUGCCCACUCGUCUCAGUUCUCUAUCUAUGCUGUACUACGAGGGCGACGAAAUGGUUCUUCGUCACCACGAGGACAUGAUUGUAGAAGAAUGUGGCUGUCACUGAAGUACGCCAUUGAACGCUAGGACCACGAUUCCACUGGAAAAUUAUGUAGUAACUUAAUUUAGUAUCUUUAGUAACUUUGCAGACUUUUUAAGUGCCUGCAUAAUUGAACAUUUCAAAUUGACAUGAUUUUGUGUUGACUGAAUGUGUCGAGCUGCUGAUAAAUAAGAGAAAGGUUUCAGUGUAUCCAAGAUGAGCUUCUACAAGUCUAUUGACAAAACGGAAAUAUUUAAUAUUUAUAUGUAGAUUAUAUUAAAUAUGAUGAUAAACUGUACUUUUGGACAUGUAAUCACUAAAAUGUGUAUAUUUUCAUAUAAUGUAAAAUUGUAAAAGGCUUUUGU